AAAAUCAGUGAAUCAGUUGGUUGUAGUCAAAAUUUUCUGCAUGAUUUUAGAGAGAAUCUUUUUGAUUUUGCAGAGAAAAGUUUAAAAUCAUGGAGACCCAAUAGAUCUGUGCUUGUUAGCACGUCUACGGAAGCAUCAACAAAACAAGACUGUCCACUGAAGGUUCCUAAUCUUAUUGAAGGGAAAUUUGUGGAUUCACAAGCUUGUGCAAUAAUUGAUGUCAUAAAUCCCGCAACACAAGAGGUGGUUUCUCAAGUUCCUUUAACUACCUAUGAAGAGUUCAAAGCUGCAGUUAGUGCAGCGAAACAAGCUUUUUCUUUGUGGAAGAACACACCUGUUACUGCUCGUCAACGCAUCAUGUUCAAGCUUCAAGAGCUCAUUCGCAGAGAUAUUGAUAAGCUUGCCAUGAACAUCAGUACAGAGCAGGGGAAGACUUUGAAUGGCGCCAAAAGCGACGUACUCUGUGGUUUAGAGGUGGUUGAACAUGCUUGUGGAAUGGCAAGUCUCCAAAUGGGGGAGUUUGUUCCCAAUGCAUCUAAUGGAAUUGAUACCUACUGCAUUAGAGAACCACUGGGUGUUUGUGCUGGGAUCUGUCCCUUCAACUUUCCAGCAAUGAUUUCCUUAUGGAUGUUUCCUAUUGCAGUAACAUGUGGCAAUACAUUUAUUUUGAAACCUUCUGAGAAAAAUCCAGGUGAUUGUCACCUCCUUUUAGCUUUGGUCGUUAUGAAUUUAAUCUCAAUUUGCUGCUUUCUAAGUCAAUUUUUGAAAGUUAAUGAGAUAUUGUAGAAGUGUAUGCAUCUU